UCACGUGACAUCUAGCCUGACGUCACCACUUGGGCUUUGUCCAACAGCUGUGCUUGCCAAGGGACCAGUGUGGUAUCGGCGCUCCUCCAGACGACUCCAUACCGGUCAAACUCAUGGCAGCAUCAGCAGCGACAGAGCUCAGCACGUCGCGCGACAUUCCAACUCGCCGCGUCGAGGUCAACGACCCAAAUCAACUCCCCACCAUCGGCCUCUCUACGACACCCGGGGGAACUCUGUUCGGAACGACACCCGGAGGCACUAGAAUUAUUUAUGACAGAAAGUUCUUGCUGCAACUUCGCAAUUCGCCGCUAUCGAAGACUCCGCCUUCCAACCUGCCGGUCAUACCUGGUGUCACGUGCGUGACGUCAUCGUCGAGAUCACCGCCCAAACAGCCGACGAUUUCCGAAUUGCCCGAACGUAUGGAGCUCCAACCAUGCGAACGGCGAGCCGGUCAGCUGCCGGAAGAUCAGCAGUUUCAUAUGGAUGUAUGACGGCGUAGGGCUUGUGGACCCCGGAAGUUUUAGUGUCUGUGACGUCACCCGGAGUCUUUGUGUUGUAUUGUGUGCGCAUGCGCAGAUGAAUGUACAUAGAUACGCGAGACUGUGACCGUUUCGUUGUAUGCGGGGUUGAUUAGAGUUGUGAGAGGCGGGCAGAGAGGCUUCAAUGUGUAAUAAUAAAUAUUUGUAAAGGAGGAAGAAAAA